CUACCUUUUUCUUUCACUCAGAUUGACUCAGAGAAAGAGAAACAAAACAUUUCUUGUGGUUUAGGCUCAACAAAGGAUGAAGCACUUAGGAUUACUAGCAGCACUGCUUGCAAUCCUUUUUGUUCAGCAGAGCAGCUUGUCUGGUUCGGUUAAAGCGGCUGGGAAUGGGUUCAUAAAGACAAGAGGGAUCCAUUUCAUGAUCAAUGGCUACACUUUCUAUGCAAAUGGAUUCAAUGCCUACUGGUUGAUGUAUGUGGCAUCUGACCCUUCUCAGAGGUACAAAGUCUCUGAAGCCUUCAGAGGUGCUUCUAGCCAUGGCCUCACUGUUGCAAGAACUUGGGCUUUCAGUGAUGGUGGCUACAGGGCUCUUCAGUAUGCUCCUGGCUCUUAUAAUGAAGAUGUGUUUAAGGGGCUGGAUUUUGUGAUAGCUGAGGCAAGAAAGUAUGGGUUGAAGGUGAUUUUGAGCUUAGCAAAUAAUUAUGAGAGCUUUGGAGGAAAGAAACAGUAUGUGGAUUGGGCUAGAGGAAAGGGACAAUAUCUGACAUCUGAUGAUGAUUUCUUUAGGAAUUCUCUUGUUAAGGGGUUUUACAAGAACCAUGUUAAGACUGUGCUCAACAGGCGCAACACAUUUACUGGAGUGGUCUACAAAAAUGACCCAACAAUCAUGGCUUGGGAGUUGAUGAAUGAGCCCAGAUGCACCUCUGAUCCAUCAGGAAAAACCAUUCAGUCCUGGAUAAUGGAGAUGGCCUACUAUGUGAAGUCAAUAGACAACAACCAUCUGCUGGAAGCUGGGUUGGAAGGGUUCUAUGGUGGAACAUCACCCCAGAGAACUCAUCUCAAUGCAUUCAACAUAGGAACAGACUUCAUUGCAAACAAUCAAAUCCCCACCAUCGAUUUCGCCACCACCCACUCCUAUCCCGAUCAAUGGAUGUCCAGCUCAGAUGACCAAAGCCAGCUAGCUUUCCUGAGAAACUGGCUGAAUGCCCACAUCGAAGACUCUCAGUACAUUCUCAAGAAGCCAUUGCUAAUUGCAGAGUUUGGGAAAUCCUGGAAAGACCCAGGCUUUAACCCAACCCAGAGGGACGCUCUCUACAGAACUGUAUACUACACCAUAUACUCGUCGGCAAAGCGCGGCGGCGCAGCCGCCGGAGGCCUUUUCUGGCAACUGUUAACCGACGGAAUGGACAACUUCCGGGAUGGGUAUGAGAUAUUGCUAAGCCAGAGGACUUCCACUGCAAAUUUGAUUUCUCAGCAGUGCCACAAGCUUUCCCAGAUCAGGAGAAUAUUUGCCAGGAUGAAAAACCUUGGUAGGCUGAGAAGAGCCAAAGCUAAUAGGGGGAAGCAAAUUGGGAACUGAUAGAUACAACACGUUUGGUUCACAGAAUGAUACAGUAUUUCGGUAUAAGUUAUUACUAAUUUAUUCUCGGAAAUACUAUUCCCGAGAAUAAGAUAAUUACUAGAUUAAUAUAGUGUGUUUACUGGUGAGAGAAUUUGUGGGAGUGAAUUUUCUCUCUUAGAGAUGAAUGUUGGAAUGGGGUUCAUCCAGGAGGGGAAUAGUAGGAUUAGCAGAGACUCGUGUUUUUCUGAAUCCUAAAUCCAUAUAAUUACUAGACUAAGAAUGUUUUUUAAUGUGUGGUAAUACUAAUUAAUGGGGGAAGCCUCUGAGUUUAUGUAUGUUAUGUCAUAUAUGUAACUGUGGCAGUUGAAUGCAAUUCAAAGCAUAUCAGUUUUAUUUUAUUCAAAAA